UUCUUUCUUCAUUUUUCAUUUUUCAUUUCCCAAUAACACCCCUAUCCUCUCCAUUCCUUUUUCACAUGUUUCUUAUGUCACUCUCACUUACCCUUUUCUUUCCCAAUUCUCUUCUAACUUAGCGUUUUUAUCAUUCAAUCAAACAGGUCAUGUUCUUUCUUUUCCAAUAUGAAGGUUAAGGAGGUUGCUUCAACACUUCGCUUCCUAUUAUUGAAUGAAGAAGAUAAAUCCAUGGUUGGAGCUGUUCUUGGUUCUCAAGCUUUUGAUUUUUUAACAACUAACUGUCUUUCAAACGAACCUGUUUUAUUGUCUAUUGCUACUUCCGAUGAUUCUCUUCAAAACAAGCUUUCUGAUCUCGUUGAAAAUCCCAAUUAUUCCACCAAUUUCAAUUGGAACUACGCUAUUUUCUGGCAACUUUCUCGUUCAAAAUCAGGUGAAAUUGUUCUUGGUUGGGGUGAUGGGUGUUGCAGAGAACCAAAUGAAGAAGAAAAGCGUGGUGGCGUUGGAAAUAAUUCCAACCUUUCAAUGGAGGAAGAAGAAGGGAUGAAGCAGAGUUUGAGAAAGAGGGUUUUACAGAAACUGCACACAGUCUUUGGUGGUUCUGAUGAAGAUGAAGAAAAUUACGCUUUUGGCCUUGACCGUGUAACCGACACUGAGAUGUUCUUUUUAGCUUCAAUGUACUUUUCUUUUCCAAAAGGGUAUGGUGGACCCGGUAAGUGUUUUGCUUCUGGAAAAUAUUUGUGGUUGAAAAAAUCUGAUAUUUCUGAUUACUGUGUUCGUUCUUUCUUGGCUAAAUCUGCUGGAAUUCAAACUGUUGUUUUAGUACCUACUGAUUUUGGUGUUGUUGAGUUGGGUUCUGUUAGAAUGGUACCUGAAAGUUUUGAUCUGUUGAACACUGUCAAAUCCUUGUUUCCAAUUUCAACUUCCCUUCAAUCAUCAUUGUAUCCUUCUAGGGUGAUGCAUGAAGGAAGAGUUCAUGAAAGUGGAGUUUCAAAUGGUGUUUUAGUUCCAAAGGUUGUUGUGAAUGUCAACAAUGGUCGUACACAUUUUAGAGAGAAACUUGCUUUUAGGAAAAUGGAUAAUAGCAUUAACUUUCCUAGUGGUAGAAAUGGUUUUCAUGAUUCUAGUUGGAGAUUGAAUCAAGGUCAACCUGAAAUUUUUACUCCUAAUGGUGUGAGGAAAGAUUUUAGGCUCAAUCAACCACAAAGGGAGGUGCAAAUGCAGAUUGACUUUUCAGGAGCGAAUUCAAGGCCUUCUGUGAGACCGGUUAAUGCUGAAUUGGAACUCACUGUUGAUGUUGAGGCUUCUGUCAAGGAGGACCAAGCUAGUGAUGAAAGGAGGCCGAGGAAACGUGGCAGGAAGCCGGCGAAUGGAAGAGACGAACCACUCAAUCAUGUUGAGGCAGAGAGGCAAAGGCGCGAGAAGCUUAAUCAGCGUUUUUAUGCAUUGAGAGCUGUUGUGCCGAAUAUCUCAAAGAUGGACAAGGCAUCCUUACUUGGUGAUGCCAUUGCUUACAUCAAUGAGCUUCAAGCGAAACUCGGGAUCAUGGAGUCCGAGAGAGUAACAAAUGGAAUUAGUCCUUUGAAGGACGGAUCCAUUUUGGAGGCGAACUCGAGAUCAGAAAAUCGUCACCAGCAGGAUGUGGUUAUUCAAGCUUUGCAGGAUGAGGUAAUUGUAAAAGUGAGUUGUCCUCUUGAUAUUCACCCCGUUUCGAAAGUAAUUGAAACAUUCAAAGAGGCACAAAUCAGUGUUGUAGAGUCGAAACUCGCGGCUGCAAAUGAUACCAUCCACCAUACUUUUGUAAUUAAGUCACAAGGAUCUGAACAGCUUACCAAGGACAAGUUGAUUGCAGCGUUUUCCAAAGAAUCCAACGCCUCUCAAAUACAAACAUUGUCAUCGGUCGGGUAGCAAAGGAUUUGCAGUUUACAUUGUCUAUAUAUAGACAUGAUACAUAGAGAAGGAAUCAAUUUCUAAAGCUUCCUGUUAACAGUGUAGGACAACCAAUUUAUGUUUGUCUAUAGACUUUAGUAUACACAGUUUAUCAGAACAGAAACAUUGUUCCUGCAAUGUCCAUUGUUUUAUUUAGUUUAAUUAACCAAUGUCAAAGAGUUUAUGUCUCAAGUUCUAAUUUUCUUUCUUGUAGUGCUAUGCAUAAGAGUAAGGUAAUAGUUUAAUUAUAUUUGCCUUUGUCUCUA